AUGUCUUGGGGCACUGACGAAAUCGCCGCGCCAGCCACCGACACUUGGGGUUCGGCCGCCGUUGCUGACGACACACCCACCGACAACGCUGAAGGUACUGCUGAAGGCGAGGCACCCACUACUCCCGCCCCUGCCGUGGGCGAACUCAGCAAGGAGAAGUAUGUCAGCAAGGCUCGUGAUGCUGGCUGGAACGAGGCCACUGCCAUUGACUUCAGCAAGUACCAGAACGGCGGUGCUGAGGACAAUGAUUGGCAUGGCGCUGCUGCUUCGUACGAGUGGAAGGAUGAGUACGGUGACGUCGGCCCUGAGGUGCUUCAGCUGGAGAUGAUCCUCUUCGGCGGCGAGUUCCAAAUGAAGAGGGGUGAGCGCAUGGAGCCUCUUGAGCUCAAGGUCAACAUCGAGGGUCCGGUGCUCAUCAAGCCCAUCAAGAGCUUCGACGAGGCAGGUCUUCAUCCAAUCAUCCAAAGCAACGUCGAGAAGUGUGGCUACGACAAGCCCACCCCAAUCCAGGCGUACGCAAUCCCUGCAGUACUCCAGGCCAUGGAUGUCGUCGGCGUCGCACAGACUGGUUCCGGCAAGACGGCUGCCUACCUCAUCCCUGUCCUUUCACGCCUCAUGGGCAAGGCCAAGAAGCUCGCCGCUCCGAAGCCCAACACGGCCGACCCUUCCUACAACCCCCAAUUCCACAAGGUCAAGGCUGAGCCGUUGGUUGUCGUUGUGGUUCCUACGCGUGAGCUGGCCAUUCAGAUCUUCGAUGAGGCUCGUCGUCUUUGCUAUCGUUCCAUGCUCCGUCCGUGUGUCGCCUAUGGCGGUCUUCCUAUGAAGAUCUGCGUUGAGGAGUUGGGCAAGGGCUGCGACAUUCUUAUCGCCUCCCCUGGCCGCCUGUGCGACUUGAUGGACAAGCCGCAUGUGUUGACCAUGAGUCGAGUGAAGUAUACCAUCAUCGACGAGGCCGACGAGAUGCUGGACGCUGAUUGGGAGUCCGAGUUGAGCAAGAUCAUGGCGGGCGGUGGCAAGUAUAUCUAG